AUGGAACUUUCACUAGUAGGGCUUCAGAAUGCAGGAAAGACAUCUCUUUUAAAUGCCAUUGCUACAGGUGGCUACAGUGAGGACAUGAUUCCAACUGUUGGAUUCAACAUGCGAAAGGUAACCAAGGGAAACGUGACAAUUAAGGUUUGGGACCUUGGAGGGCAACGGAGGUUCCGUACAAUGUGGGAGCGUUACUGUCGUGGUGUCUCUGUAAUUGUGUAUGUAGUUGAUGCUGCUGACAGAGACAGUGUUCCAAUAUCUCGAAGUGAGCUACAUGACCUCUUGAUGAAACCUUCCUUAAGUGGGAUUCCUUUACUUGUUCUUGGCAACAAAAUCGACAAGUCUGAGGCUCUUUCCAAGCAAGCAUUGGUUGAUCAACUAGGCCUAGAUUCAAUUACGGACAAGGAGGUCUGCUGCUAUAUGAUCUCAUGCAAGGAUUCCAUAAAUAUAGAUGUUGUCAUUGAUUGGCUUAUCAAACACUCCAAAACAGCAACCUGA